AUGGAGGAUCGCAGCGGGCAAGUUCUGGCCGUCGCGGUCCUCUUCUUCGUGGUGUGCUGGGUCGUUGUUGCGGCAAGGAUAUACACUCGUGGAUGGAUCAUACGCUCCUUUGGCGUCGACGACAAGUUGAUGAUUGCCCUCAUGCUCCUCUUCACCGUCUACCUCAUAACCCAGAUCCAAGGUGUACGACACGGCACCGGCAGACACAGAUCCGACCUCACCCCAGAAGACAACCGCGAUGCCCUCAUGUACUGGUAUAUCUGCGAACUCCUCUACAUAAUCUCGACCUGCCUCCUCAAGAUCUCCGUCGGCUACUUCCUCCUCCGCGUCUCCAUCCGCCGCUCCCACGUCUGGAUCCUCCGCAUCCUCAUGCUCGGCACCGUCCUCUUCGGCACCACCUACUUCUUCAUGGUCACCUUCCAGUGCGUCCCCGUCAACACCUUCUGGGACCAGUCCCCCCGCGUCCAGGGAAAGUGCUUCAACGACCGCGUCGUCGUCAUCAUGACCCUCACCGCCUCCAUCAUCAACUGCCUCGCCGACUGGUCCUUCGGCAUCCUCCCCCUCUUCAUCGUCUGGUCCCUCUCCCUCCCCAAACGCACCCGCCUCCUCGCCUUCGCCAUCCUCUCCUUCGCCGCCAUCGGCUCCGCCGCCACCGUCGUCCGCUCCGUCUACAUCCCCACCCUCCUCAACGGCGACGACUUCCUCUGGGCCACCACCGACGUCGCCCUCUGGAGCACCGUCGAGCCCGGCAUCGGCAUCACCGCCGCCUCCCUCGCCACACUGCGGCCCCUCUGGCAGCUCGUCUGGUAUCGCGCCGGCGUCAAGUCCCAGGCGCCCCGCGCCAUCGCCUGGCGCGAGCGCCUGCAGGCCAAGCCGAGCUACGUGCAGAGCGACGAGUCCGGCGGCGGCGGCCGCCGGCACCCCCACGCGCGCUUCCGCUUGUCGGACGACGACCCCCUGGGCGAUAUCGACAGCGGGAUCGAGGCGGAAUUCGAGGCCGCGGAGCUGCCGCGCAUUAACCACCCCGGCGGAGCAGGCGAGGCGGCGACCUCGAGCGCGCCCUCGCGACGGAGCGGGCUGAGCAAGACCUUCGACAUAACCUACCCGAGGAAACGCGACGAGGAGGAGGGCGACGUCCUCGUGACGCCCCGUGACGACGGCAGCGGCGGGCAAUACCUCGCCGCGACGCCGACCCGCGCUGAACACGAAAACCACGAACCAGACCUCGAAGACGGCCUCCACCUCGCCCCGAUCAUCCCCUCCGCCGCGCCGACCGUGAACUGGGUCUCCCCGCGCAUGUCCGCCCUCUCGAUGGGCUUCUCGGGCGAGACGCCCCCGCACUCCGCGAACCGGCACAGCCACGACAACAGAGCCUCCGCGCUGUCCUCCACGUCGACGUGGGGAUGCCUCAACGACCCCCGCGCGAGCAGGGUGAGCAGCCUCACGGCCACGACUGCCGCCAACAACCGCGACACCUUGCGAGAAAGCAGGAUCGCGGCGGCCCCGACGACGACUACGACGGGGAACAGACACAGCCGGUACGAGCGGUACAGCCGGACGACGAGGACGAGCAGCUACCACAGCCGGUUCCUGGCGCCGCCGAGCCCCGGGGACAUGCCGCUGCCCAGCCCGCCGCCCGUGUGGCAGGUCAACGUGCCGGGCGGGAUGGACUCGGCGCAGUGGCUUUCGAGCCGUAUGACGGAGCACCCCGGGAACCCCGGCGGACGGCUGUGA